AUGCGAAAUCUACAGUUGCACCAUCGUCCUUCUGCUAGAAUUGCGAUGCAGAAGCUUUUGUUCAAAUCGUCGCAUCCCCGCGUUCCUUCUCGUUCAGUGGUACAAAUACUACGUCACCGCACGUUUUCAACCAAAGCUGUCUUUCCAAAUACUUUGACCACUUCGCGGAUACAAGGAGAUCCAGACAAUGGUCGGCAAGAUUCUGUGAUGGGAGAGAGGGUUGCCUCCCAAAAAUUUGGCGGCAUGGUGCACUUCGUUCAAAAGCUCCCGACAAUUUCGUCACCGACACAAACUGGGCUUCGCUCGGCAUUUCUGUAUUGGCUCAGUAAACCAACUCGUCGAGUAGCGUCGAAGCGAAACUUGCCGGAACUCCCCUUAAAUUUUGCUCAGAAAAUUCUGGACUACUGUGUUGACCAAAACGACCCAGCCCUUAUCGAGUACGUCGUCGACAAUCCGGGCGUGUCUUGCAACGGCGGCUUUGACCGACUGAUAUAUCUCUAUCUCGAGCCAUUGCAAGGGACAGGAGCUCAAUUGCGCGGUCACAAAUAUCGAAAGAGCUUGGAGCGGUCACCCGAACAAACAAUUGAUAUGCUUGCCAAGGCGUCGGCUGUGCGGGCUCUCGCGGAUAGACUGCACCGCGACCCACGGUAUCCCAACAUAGUUCCAGAUUUGACUACGUGCGAAUCGACGCUGUACCUGUGGAGCAAACGUUCCCAGUUUCUUGCAAACAACAAUCCAUCGUGGCGUGAUAGUGUGGCCCAAAGUAAGGCGGAUUUGGCUUUUGGCGGAAAGUCGAAUUCACAGGAAUGUAUCGAUGCCAUGAAGGAGUUUGUUUUCCAAAGAAAACAAAGUAUUCACGGACCGCAGCCAGACACUGUUAUGUAUUCUAUCUUGCUAACGGCAAUUUCUCAAGGAAAGCACUUUGAUGCAGCGGAUGAAGCCUUCUCGCUACUGAAAGAAUUGGAACUCGACGAUUCUGUCAAAAAGACCAUUCAUUUGUACACGGCAGUCCUUUUGGCUUACCGCUCUGAAGUCACACAUUCGACACGGGCACAAGAAAAGGCUAUCGAAUUGUGGAAUCAUAUGAUAAGUAUGGACGACCCAACAAUAUCGCGGAAUCCAAUAGCCGCCGGCAUUAUGAUGUCCAUGUUUGCGAAAGUUGGAAAAGCUGAGGAAGCUCAAAAGCUCCUGGACGAAAUGGAAGCAUCUGCUAAGGAAAAGAGCGAAUAUCCGACGCGCAUUCACUAUAAUACGCUUCUUCAUGCUCUUACGAAGGCACAACUAGACGACGCUACAAUAAGGGCCGAAAAAAUACUUCAACGUAUGGAAUCUCUGGCCAUUAACAACCUUCGCGAUACAUUCCCGGACCGCAUCAGUUAUACAUCGGCUCUAAAUGUUUUUCUCCAAAACGGAGGAACCGACUGCAUUGAAAAGGCUGAAGCAGUUCUUGAUAAUUUGGAAGAAAGCAGCGGCAGAAAUCUUCGUCCUGAUAAAAUGACGUACAGUAGAUUUAUGCAAUCUUUGUCAAUGCGGCGUGGGCGAGAAGUUGAUACUCAAAUUAAGGAAAGCUUCUGCAUCAAGAUCGAGGAAGUCCUCCAACGCUGGCGUCGUCGCUCAGAGUCUGAUGUGACGGUCAAGCCUCCAGAUCUGGAGGCGUACAAACUCUGCCUUCACGCGUGGGCAACUUCUUACAGCACCCUCUCGCCGGAACGGGGAAUGCUUCUCUUUAAUGAGAUUGAAUCUCGUUACCAAGCCGGUCAAAGAAAUUUACGCCCGGAUGUUUACACUUUCGAAUCUGUGCUGCACUGUCUGUCUAUAAAGGUAGAUGAAGCGUCCGUACGUCUUUCCGAAUCGCUCCUUCGGAAAUUAGAUGAGUACAAUAUUUCCCAAACCGGUUGCAUGGUUAAGUACUACAUCGGUUUGGUUGCUAGGCAAAAUGUCCAAAAAGCGGCUACGAUCCUGAAUGAAUUGGAAGACAACUUUGCCUCUGGCGCAAGUUCACUUCGACCUAACGAGCAAAUAUACAAUGCUGUAAUUCGAGGAUUUUGCGUGCGUGAAGACGGAGCACUUGAAGCCCAACGCCUACUGGACAGGAUGAAGCGACUGGCUCUUCUACCUGGUAGGACUGACUUGACUCCAUCAGCAGUUGUCUACUCUUCACUCAUUGAAGCAUGGGCAAAAUCGGGACGAAAAGAUGCAGUUGACCAUAUUGAAGCUUUAUUUGCCGAAGUGUGCGAUCGAAUGAUUCCAAACCAUUUUGUUUAUGCGACAUACCAGAACGCCAUCAGCCGCUCAAAUCUCCCCGAUGCUCCUGAGCGCGUUGAAGCGAUACUCACAAAAAUGCAGGAGGACUACGAACAAGGGCGCAACAAGCUAGGCCGUCCAGACGCAAACAACUUUGCAGCUGUGAUUUCCUGCUGGAGUUUUAGUCGACAUAAAGAGGCUGCCGAACGUGCUGAGGCAAUCUUAAACAGAAUGGAAAGCCUCUACCUGCACAGCUUAAAAUAUGCUCACCUAAGACCAACAGCGCGAUGCUUCAAAGGCGCAAUUGCGGCGUGGGCGAUGAGUGGUCAUCCAGAUGGAGGAAAACGGGCUCUGGUAUUACUGGAUCGGAUGAGUAUCGCUAGUCGAGGCCAAAACAUUGUCCACUUACGGCCAUCUCGGGCCUGUUACGAUUAUUGUAUUGUAGCUAUCGGUCGAUCGAAAGAUUCUAAUAGGGCAAGGAAGUCUUUGGAUCUUUUGAAACGCAUGCAGCGAGACGUACGGGAAGGAUAUCGACACUCACAGCCGGGGAUUUCGACGAUGGAAAACAUACUAGAAGUAUGUAAUACGUACGCGCAUGCUCUGGCGAACGAACGAGAGGAAGCCCUCGAAGUGGCUGAGAAAGCAAUAGAUCUAUUCGCAGAAGCAGACGGGGAAGUCCGAGAUAUGGUCAAUGUUUAUACACGAUAUGUUUGGGUGUUGAGGCAACUCGUGCAGACGUGUGAAAAACGCGACGAAGUUGUCCAUAACGUAAGAAAGAAAUGGCCCGAACACAUUCUGAGCGCGUCGGAUGUUAAUAAGGCUCUCCACAACUUUGAAACUUCGGAAUUACCGACAGAGCUCAAAUCCGUAGAAGACUGA